AAGAGAUGAGGCAAAGUUCAUUUUUCUUCUUCCCUGCUCCUCCUUCUGUGUUGGAUUGAAGGAGUAGAGGAUACGGACGAUGAGAACUCACCAGCAAAUUUCUGGGAUUCCAAAAACCGUGGUGUGACUGGAACACAGAAAGGGCAGAUCAUAUGGCGAAUUGAACCUGGUCCUUAUUUCAUGGAACCUGAAAUAAAAAUCUGCUUUAAAUACUACCAUGGUAUAAGCGGAGCCCAGCGUGCAACUACUCCAUGUAUCACUGUGAAAAACCCUGCUGUGAUGAUGGGGGCAGAAGGCACUGACGGUGCUUCUACAGGUCAGCAUUCCCGAAAAUUAAUUAGUUUUACACUCUCAGAUAUUCGGGCCAUUGGACUUAAAAAAGGAAUGUUCUUCAAUCCUGACCCUUAUCUAAAGAUGUCCAUUCAGCCUGGAAAAAAGAAAACAUUUCCUACAUUUGCACACCAUGGGCAGGAAAGGCGGUCCAAUAUCAUCAGUAAUACAACUAAUCCUAUUUGGCAUAGAGAGAAAUAUUCUUUUGUAGCACUUUUGACUGAUGUCUUGGAAAUUGAAAUCAAAGAUAAAUUUGCCAAAAGUCGUCCUAUCAUCAAGCGUUUUCUUGGAAAGCUCACUAUACCUGUGCAGAGACUAUUGGAAAGACAUGCAAUAGGAGAUCAGGUUCUCAGUUAUAACCUUGGUAGAAGGCUACCGGCAGACCACGUGAGUGGAUGUCUUCAGUUCAAGGUAGAGAUUACAUCUUCUCUUCAUGAAGAUGCUUCACCAGAAACUGUAGGAACCCUUCUUGGAGUAAACUCUGUCAAUGGGGACUUAGGAAGCCCUUCUGAUGAUGAGGAUGUACCUGCAGGGCAUCAUGAUGCACAUCCACUUUGUUCAAAUGGUCCAAUUCUUGAAGAAUCAUCUGGACAUGCCAUCUUGAGGCAUUCCUUUAGGACUAGUACCACUUCGGAAACAGAUCAAGAGGAUUCAGCCUCUACAACGUCAAGGUCCUCGGUUCCCAGGGGCCGCCAGGACUCCUUGAAUGACUACCUAGAUGCAAUAGAACAAAAUAAUCUUCCUAGAUCUGGGACAUCUGCUUGUAAUGAACGUACUAUUGGGGCAUCUCCAAAAUUGAGGAGUAGCUUCCCUACUGAUACACGACUUAAUGCUAUGCUUCACAUUGAUUCUGAUGAAGAGGAACAUGAAUUCCAUCAAAGUUUGGGUUUCCAGUCAUCACUGGAAGAUGAUGGUGGUGGUUUGAUUAUGCUAAAUGGUACUACUAGAAAUGAUGAAGCAGCUUUCUUAAAUGGCUCCUCAAGCCAAAUAACACAAAGCCAAGUCCCUGAAGAAAUUGUGACAGCGUCCGAUGUAGAAAUACCUUUGCAAUCUUCCUGUUGUCAGGAGAUGUCCAAUGGGCCUGCUGAAUUGGAGAUAGCAGGACAUGAAACUGAAACUCCACAGAAUUCUCAGGACAAUUGUCUAGAAGAUUUAGCAAGCAAUACCGUUUCUGUACCUCAGGAGGCAGAACAACCCAUCUCUGGUGCGGAUACUGGUACUUCUGAGUCAGUUUCUGGAAGCAAAAGGGAAAUCAGGGAAGCUGAGUCUAUUGACCAAGGAUCAGAACCUUCUCAGAUUUCAUCAGAGACCGAGCAAAGUGAUGCUGCUCAUACGGAGAGUGUUAGUGAAUCAAGCACCAGGCCAGAGGGAGAAAGUGACAUGGAAGGGGCUGAUGGCUCUUGCAAUGAAGGAACAGCUACCCAACUCUCCUCUGUGGACACUUGCUGCUCUUCCCUUGAAAGCAAUCGCUUUCCUGAGACUCCAGCCUUUUCUUCUCAGGAGGAAGAAGAGGGUGCUUGUGCAGCAGAGGCUUCCAGCAAUGAGCCUCUUCCAGAAACUCGGGACACGGUGUGCACUCAGGCCUCUUUACCUGCCGUGAACUUACCAAGCACUCAAGAGGAAGGCCAGUUGUUUGAAGAUGGGCUCCCAGAUGGCGAUGACUCAGAAGAGAUAUGGCAGAGGAGACAGAACCUGCAGGCAGCAGCUAUACAUAACCAGUCUCAAGAGGAAGAUAUGAGAGGUGCAGCAGCAUCAUGUGAAGGAGCUGCUUCACAGGAGGCUGGAGCUAGUGGAGGGUCUCAGUCUGAUGGUCCUCAGCCUCUGAGAUCUCUUCCCUCGGUUCGUCAGGAUGUUAGUCGUUAUCAGAGAGUGGAUGAAGCUUUGCCACCAAAUUGGGAAGCACGUAUUGACAGUCAUGGGAGAAUAUUCUAUGUGGACCAUGUUAACAGAACCACAACGUGGCAGAGGCCCACAGCUCCACCAGCCCAGCAAAUUCUUCAACGUUCCAACUCCAUACAGCAGAUGGAGCAACUGAAUCGCCGGUAUCAGAGUAUUCGCCGAACAAUGACUAAUGAUAGGCCAGAGGAGCACUCAUCUGCUCUUGAUGGAGCUGGAGAAGAUCCUGACUUCCAUAGCCCACCUGCCGAUUACCGAAGGGACAAUGUGCUGCCUCAUUCUACCUCCAGAUCCAGGCUUACUCUGCUGCUCCAGUCACCCCCAGUAAAAUUCCUCAUCAGCCCAGAAUUCUUCACCGUGCUGCAUUCAAACACUAGUGCCUACAGAAUGUUUACAAAUAAUACUUGUCUGAAGCACAUGAUCACCAAAGUUCGACGAGAUACCCAUCAUUUUGAGCGCUACCAGCAUAAUCGUGAUUUAGUUGGCUUUUUGAACAUGUUCGCCAACAAACAGCUAGAAUUGCCACGGGGUUGGGAAAUGAAGCACGAUCAUCAGGGCAAGGCUUUUUUUGUUGACCACAAUUCACGUACCACCACGUUCAUUGACCCACGGCUUCCUUUGCAGAGCAGCAGACCAACUAGUGCUUUGGUUCACCGGCAGCAUUUAACAAGGCAGCGCAGUCACAGUGCUGGUGAGGUGGGAGAAGACUCACGCCAUUCAGGACCUCCAGUCUUGCCAAGGCCAUCAAGUACAUUCAGUGCGGUCAGCAGGGCUCAAUACCAGGACAUGGUGCCAGUGGCUUACAAUGACAAGAUUGUUGCAUUUCUGCGGCAACCCAAUAUCUUUGAAAUUCUCCAAGAGCGACAGCCAGAUCUCACAAGAAAUCAUUCACUCAGGGAGAAGAUCCAGUUUAUUCGGACUGAAGGAACACCAGGGCUAGUGCGGUUAUCCAGUGAUGCAGAUCUUGUGAUGUUAUUAAGUUUAUUUGAAGAAGAAAUUAUGUCCUAUGUACCACCACAUGCCUUACUUCAUCCCAGUUAUUGUCAGUCACCACGUGGAUCCCCGGUGUCCUCUCCUCAGAACUCUCCAGGUACCCAACGUGCUAAUGCCCGUGCUCCUGCUCCUUAUAAAAGAGACUUUGAAGCCAAGCUGAGGAAUUUCUACAGGAAGUUGGAGACUAAAGGAUAUGGACAAGGCCCAGGGAAAUUGAAAUUAAUUAUCAGAAGAGACCACUUGCUGGAAGAUGCCUUCAAUCAAAUUAUGGGUUAUUCAAGAAAGGAUCUACAGAGGAAUAAACUGUAUGUCACAUUUGUUGGAGAGGAAGGACUGGACUACAGUGGACCUUCAAGGGAGUUUUUUUUCCUGGUAUCAAGAGAACUCUUCAACCCAUACUAUGGUUUAUUUGAAUAUUCAGCCAACGACACAUACACUGUACAAAUUAGUCCAAUGUCUGCUUUUGUCGACAAUCACCAUGAAUGGUUCAGAUUUAGUGGUCGAAUCCUUGGUCUUGCUCUGAUUCAUCAAUAUUUGUUAGAUGCCUUCUUUACUCGACCAUUUUAUAAAGCCCUUCUCAGAAUAUUGUGUGACCUAAGUGAUCUGGAAUAUCUUGAUGAAGAAUUUCACCAAAGUCUACAAUGGAUGAAAGACAAUGAUAUACAUGAUAUCCUAGAUCUCACAUUCACUGUAAAUGAAGAAGUCUUCGGACAGAUUACUGAAAGGGAAUUAAAACCUGGAGGUGCCAACAUCCCUGUCACAGAAAAGAACAAGAAGGAAUAUAUAGAAAGAAUGGUGAAAUGGAGAAUUGAGAGAGGUGUGGUGCAGCAGACAGAAAGUUUAGUACGUGGUUUUUAUGAGGUGGUUGAUGCUAGACUGGUGUCUGUAUUUGAUGCAAGAGAACUAGAAUUGGUUAUUGCUGGCACUGCAGAAAUUGACUUAAGUGACUGGAGAAAUAACACUGAAUAUAGAGGAGGAUACCAUGAUAAUCAUAUUGUAAUUCGAUGGUUUUGGGCUGCUGUGGAAAGAUUCAACAAUGAGCAACGGUUACGGCUUUUACAAUUUGUUACAGGUACAUCCAGUAUUCCUUAUGAAGGUUUUGCUUCUUUGAGAGGAAGCAAUGGACCAAGAAGAUUCUGUGUAGAAAAAUGGGGCAAAAUCACUGCUCUGCCCAGAGCUCACACUUGUUUCAAUCGUCUUGACCUUCCUCCUUACCCAUCGUUCUCCAUGCUCUAUGAGAAGCUGUUGACAGCUGUCGAAGAGACGAGCACAUUUGGUCUUGAAUAAGACACGAAUUGUCUAACCCAGUAUCUGGGACUUUUGUGGAUCACUCCCCCCAAAUACACAAAUGCUUACAGCAAGUUGCAAAGAUAAAAACUAUUGUACAGUGCAAUUGGAAGAAUGGACGUUAUGAAUGAGACAAACUGUAACAGCUGCAUGAGUACUCUAGAGCAAGGGUUGUGGCCUUGUUCUUGUGAGCACCAAAUGUUUAAAACUUAGUCGGAUUUUAAAAAGCGACAAGAGAUUAGCAACAAUUAGACCACUGCAAAAUCUAAUACAUCUCAAAAAUGAAUUUCAUCAAAAUAUUUGAACAGAGUUUAGUGAAAUAUAAAGAUUGUUAGCUUGUAGCUAAAUUGUAAGAGGAUAAGUAAAAAUGCUUUUUAAAAAUCAAAUAGGAGUUAUUUCCCAAUGGUACACUAAUAUAUGUCUUAUACAAUACAAGAAUAUGCUAUAUAUGCUAUACCUAAAUCUAUGUGUGCCUGCAUGACAUCUAUUGCAUUUCAAAGAUACAGCACAAAGAACAGUUAUUUUCUGCAGCUUAACAAGGGUAUGAAGAAAAGUUGGCAGCAAAAGAUGGUGUGAACAGAAAGACUUUUAAUUAGGAGAACCUGUACAAUUGUAUAUGCAAAUCAUGUUUAGCAGAAGGAGAGCUAUUGUAAGAGAUUAAUGGUUAACUUUAUUCUUUAUACUGCAUGAAGGCUUUUUAAAAAAAUAACGUGAGUUUAUCACAGCAUAUCAGGAAAAAGAAAGCCUCUUACACAGUGACUUUUGUUUAUUUUUAUAAGUUCAUAAUAUUGAUUUUCUUAGGGUGUAAAUAAGAAAAUAGAUCUUUUUUGUUCUUUUCACUUUUCCAUGCUUAAAUAGUUCUUGUGUUCAAUUCUUUACACACUUAAGGUGUGUGUAUGUGUGUGUGUGUAUGUGUACACACACACACACACAAACACACACCUUUAUUUUUAUAAAGGUAAGGUAUUUCUGAAACUAUUUUUUGCACCGAAUGUACCAAAGUCAAAGGGAUAUUGUGAAUUAAAUAACAAAAAAUAUGUAUCACUUCAUCACUUCAUACAAAAUCUAUAGGAGGUAGCUACUUUAAAGAACAUGAUUUUUAUUUCCCAGUUACAUUCUAGUUAAUGUCAGGAUUCUGCACAGUUAAAUAAUAAUUUUUAAAGCUCACUACAUGUAAUAAUGUGUAAUAUGCAUUUUAUUUCAAAUGCACUUAUUUUUUCUCCUUUAACUAAUUUCAUUAGAGCUGAAUACAGAUGCAGCUGAGUACAUAUGUUUCAUAAUUUGCUGCUUUUUUUACUUUUGUACAGCACUAUUAUAAGCAUUACAAUGGAUCUGGAAAAACAAGAGGACUAGCGCCUAAACGAAUGAACCACUUCGUGUCACUCUCACAUUUAGCAGCAAACUGUCUCCAAGAUGUAAAUUGUUUGUAGUGUCUUUCUAAACCCACAUUUUCACUGAUUAGUUUUCUUAUAAAUGUUUCUUAAAAUGAAGUACUUUUCUAUGGUUUAUCUGAAAGCAUGAAUUCGCCAUGUCAAAUAAGCUUUUAAUUUUAGAAACAUUAAAAGGGAUUGAACUUGUUUAUAAAGAUGUCCUGUGCUGAAAGACCAGUUUCCUACAUAGCAGAGAAGAAAGGGGUGUCUAGUCUUUUACUCUGAUUCUUGUGAUCACCAAGAAUGAAUACACUGCACGUAAUUUACUUCUUUACUCUUGAUGAACAUGGAUGAUGUUCAGGCCAUUGCCAUUCCUGUCUCUUAGAAACAGACUGGGCUAAAUGCAUUUUAAAUUAGUCAUUGCUAUGAAAAAAGCUAGUUUUCAUUCACCUGAAAUCUAGCUUAUUACAGUGAUGUAAAAUGGAGGCUAUUUCUACAUCUUUCCUAAGAAAGAUUUUGGUUCUGUUCACAAUGAGAGUAAAUCAUGAUCAGCCUCAAAACCAAGAUAAAAUGUCUGUUCUUAAAUACAAUUGUAUGUUACCUCAGUUUGUUUUUUCUAAAUUGGUAAAAAAAACAUGCAAAAUAAUUCAGUAUUCACCAUCAGACAGGGACUUUCUCUGCAAUUGGCAAACAAUUGAACAAAUCUCAGAAUGAUUCAUGUUUUAAAAAUUUAGUCACAUGACUCACUUCAUUUUAGAUUUUAAAAAGUAUAAAAAUUCACAUCGGUUUUGUGUUAUGUUAUGUUAGUUUGCUACAAACUGAAAACUGAAUUUAUUUUCCAGAAGACUACUACCAGUAUAUGUGCAAGGGAUCCUGUUGUCCUGUGAGCAGGAAAAUUCUGCUCACUAGACAGCAAUAGGAACCUUUCUUUUCCAAGCUGGUAUCCUAGUUCUACUCACAGAUUCACUUUGUGUACUCAUAAUCUAUAUUCUUUUACUUAUUACUCCAGAAAAAUUUGAACAAGUUACUUAUUUGACAUGGAAAAAAUGGUAUGUUCAAGGUCUGGUUUUACUAAGACUAAAAAUAAUUUUAUAUUAUUUAAACAGGAACUGCACACACAAUUUCUUUCAUAUCAAAUAUGUAACUGUAUUAACUGCAGAGUUACAUGCAAUGUUGACUUCCUAUGGCUGAGAGAGGAACUGGCCCAAAGUUACCCAGCUGGCUUUGUACCUAAGAUGGAACUAGAACUCGUGGUCUCUCAGUUUUUAGCCUGAUACAUUAACCACUACACAAAUCUGGAUGUUGCAAGAUGUGAUAUCUUGCAUUAUCCUUUUUGUUUUUUACCAGCUCUGUUAUUUUGAACAAAGUGAUUCUAUUAUACACAAAUCCAAGGCGUAAUAUGAACAAUCCUAUCACUCCUGAUUAGAUUAGGAAAACAUUUAAAGUGAAAUUCAAUUCUGAUCAAAAGAUCAGCCUAUGUACAGCCUAAGAUAAUGUCUUUGUUCACUGAAUACAUAAAUAGGCUCAACAUAUUAUCUCCAAGGGAAGUUGGAAAUCCAGCAAUAGCAUCUGGCAGAGCUUCUGAAGAAAAGUUUCUGGCAGGUCAUAAAGUUGGCAGAGAAUAUUAGGUUGGCAUUUUAUUCGCUUUUUUAAGCUGUGGGAAUAAAUUCUGUGAUUCCUCUCGUGCUUCCAGAAAUUCACUUUUUAACAUUGAGAAUUGUAUCUUUGUUUAUGCUCUGACAUCUCCAAACAGCUAUAGCUGUUUGUAAAGCAACUAUAAAUAACUGUAGGUUAUUUAUUGCAGAUGUCAUCCAGGCCAUCUUAAUGUUGCAACAGAUGUUACCAUGGUUUCUAAGAUUCUCUUUUUGGACUUAGGGAAAUUCAAUGGAAAUAUGUUGAUUUCCUGAAAGUUUUUACUAAUGUUAGAGUUACUGUGAUUUAUUAUGAAGAAAUACUAGCUUUUUAAAAAUCUGCUUUUAUUGAAUUACCCAGUUCUAGUCUAAUAUCUUAACCACUAUACCAAACUGCACUUUACAGUGACACAUUGCACUGUACAUUACAUUGGAGUAGAUUCAGGUUAAUACAAUCUCUACUUACUGCUCAAAAGCUUUUUCAUACAUGAAGUUGGACCUUCACCAAUUAUCUACUUGACUAUGUUCUUUUUUAUAUGAAUAUCAAAAGAGGAUUAAAGGUGGAGGUGGGGACUAACCUGGAGUCUAACAGCAGCAGCUCUAUAAUGGAAUACUUGUAAUCAUAGUAUUUUUAUAUUUUAAUAGUUUAUAUCCUAACUCCUCUAUAUUUGAUGACUGACAAACAUGCAAAUUGAGAUUUAAACCCUAUUUAUGGCUUCUUCCCAAAUGUGCUAUGGGGAGUUUCCAAGUAAAGUUGUGGCACUGUUUCGUUGUCAUACAAUUACUAUUCUAAGUUUUUAUUUUCUUUUUGUAUGGUGAAACCAGUUCUAGUGUCCAAAGGUAGCUUCAGACUUGCAGUUCACCAAUUCUAGGUUCCUCCAGAUAUUAUAGUUCAGUAAAAUCAUAUCAGUUUGUUUUCCAUCCUUAUUUGGGGAGGAAAAAUGCUGUUUUAAAUUAUUUCUGCUGGGAAACAAAUGGAGACAUUCGAAUCCAACACUAUUGAAUUGUUUGGGGCGUUCAAUCCCAGUUACAAUAUUUUCUGGAUGGGGGCAGCUAGGCUCCAGAAAGAAUGUAGUAUUAAUGUGGACCCAAUCCUUCACCAAAGCUACAACUCUGAAAGGUAAUGCAGAACAUUCUUUUAAGUUCAGUCUUUGACUUUUGAAAUGUCUCAUGGUUUUCUGUUGUUAAUUAUUUUCAACCCAAUUAUUGAAUAACUUUCCAAAACCAGAGCAGAAAAGGAUUAUAUUUCGUGAGGCAGAAGAAGCCACCAAAAUAAGGCAUGAAUUUAAAAAAAGGAACUCUAUCUAGCUGAUGUAGUUUGUGAUGAAUUUGUUUUUGAAGAAAGGGGUAAUCCUAUCACUGCUUAAAGAAGCUAUGGUUUACCCCCCUCCUCAAGAAGCCACACUGGCUCUGACCUUUUUCAUAACUUAUGUUCUAUCUCCAAUUCUAUUUUCUGAAGGAAGAUUAUUUGAAUCCUUUCAAUUGGGUUUUAGACUUGGGUACAGGACUGCAAUGGCAUCGAUCAUUUUUUAGCAAAAGUGGAAUGGGGUGGUGCAUUCAUCCUGCCUGUCCUUGACCUGUUUGUGGCUUUCAAUCAUAUUAUCUUUCUAGAUCAGUUCUGGGGACUAGGAAUAAGAGGCAUGCUUCUGCAUUGGUUCUCCUCCUUUGUCCAGGGCCAGUUGCAAUCAGUGCUGAAAGGAGAAAUCUUGUCCAUGACCUCUUUUCUGUGGGAUUCCUUGGGGGCUCAAUCUUUCUCCCACUUUUAAAUUUAAUAUGUACAUGAAGCUGCUGGAUAAGGUAAUCCAUUGGCACUAGUGAGGAUAUCAUCAAUAUGUUGAUUAUACUGAGAUCUACACCUCUAUCCCAGGCCACUCAAAGGAUGCCAGGAGGAUUCUGUCUCAAUGUUUGGAGGCUGAAGGGGGUCUGGAUGAGGAAGAACAGUCUUCAGGUCAACCAUAGCAAGAUUGGCUAUGAGUUUUUGGGCCCACUAAAUCUAGUAUUUUUCCACCUUUAGUUCUGGAUGGGGUUGCAUUAUUCAGAACUGUUGUGCAGUCUAGGGAUCCUCUUGAACUCGUGGCUUUUCUUUGGAGGUAGCAGCUCUAGCCAGGAGGACUUUCGCACAUUUUCAUACUGUGUGUCAGUUGCUCCUUGCUAUGCCUGUGUUAUACUUCAGUUCCAUGAACUGUACUGGCUCCUAGUGUAAUUCCAGGUAGAAUUCAAGAUGUUGGUUGACACCCAAAGCCUUUCAUGUCAUGAAGCUGGGUUAUUUGUUUCUCUCUUAAUUCUCCAGGUAUCAAAGAAGAAGAAUGCUCUGGAUUCCAUCACGAAGGUCCCUAGGUAAUGGUUUUUUUCUGUUAUAGGGUCUGCUGUCUGGAACAAGAUUAGAUCCCAAGAUUAGAUCCCUGCUGGCUUUUCCAAAGCUUUAAAGAUGUGCUCCAAGGUGUGAGGAGGUUUUAGAUGGCUUGUGAGAUAAUGCUUAAUUGUAUUGCGGAGUGUUGUACUGUUGGGCUUUUCAUGUAAUCACUAUGCUUUUAUAUUUUGUGGCAUUAUUUUUAAUGUGUUGUCAACUGCCUAUAGUUAUAUCUACAAAAUGGGCAUGCAUACAUCUGUUUUAUAAAUUCCCCAAUUCAUUCUUAAGGAAGAUACAACUGAAGAGCAGCUAAGCUAAUUCCCCUCCUUUUUCCUUCCCUGUCAUUUAGCCCAUAGGGAAAGGGCAAGAAAAUUAGACUUGUUUAACAUUCAAAGGACUAGAUGGCACUUUAAAGUUAAUACUAAAAUGGCAUGAAUAUAUAAAUGACUUACAGCUUGACUUUGAUAUUUCUACCUAUAAAAAUUAUAGGGAAGCUGUGGAAUUCUGAAUAGAUAUUUGCAAAUAAUUCUAAUCUGAAAAAGAAUGAAAAAAUUAAGGAAAGGUAGAGAUUUUAAUCUUUAUUGAAGCAACGUAUAGCACUAGUGACCAGCUUAAAUGAAUACAUUAGACAGAGGACAGCAGUUACAUAUAAAGAAAGUAAUGCUAGCUACUGUAGUGUUGGCUGUCAGUGUAUACUUGGCCAUUAACAUUUGCAGGAAAGCUUGUCCAACAAUAGAAAUUGGUUUUGAAAGUCCAGCUUUCUGAUCUAUUGUACAAAAACAGUCCCAUUACUGCCAAAGUCCCUACCACUGGAAAUGUGUGGCAUCAACAGUUUUUUUUAAAUAUUCAAAAUUACUUAUUUUUUUUAUAAAUUCAUCUGAAAUUGAUUUCAACUUUUAAGUGUAUUUUUAAGUUGUACCUUUUGAUGUUAUGUUCAGUUUUUAGAUGAUUUUUACACUGAUUAUAUAGUUUUAUUAUAAUAUAGUUUCAUUGUGAAUGGCAUUAGUAUUGAGAGAACUGUAUAACUUUUGAACAUAUUAUAUUAAAUGUUUACAAUAAAUAUACAGGAACCUCCAUAUGUGGAGGAAGAGGAUAUUUUAAAUGCCUAGUUCCUGAAAUGUUCAAUAAUGGGCAUGUCAUGAGGGAAUGAAGGGAUCUUAAAUGUGAUUGAUCAUAUAUUAUAUCACAUGAGUAAAAUUAUAAUUACAAAACAGUGCUUAUUACUAUAAGCACUGUUUUGUCUAGGACACAAUGUAAAAGAAGUGUUGAAUCAUGUUUAUUGUUACUUAUUUUUAUGUUUAUUAUUUUAUGUUUAUUAUUAUACAGUUAAAGCUAAUGUAUUUUCUUCUAAAGAGUACUUAAUUUGUCCACACAAUACUUACAAGGAUAGGAUGGAAUUCUCUCACUCCUCCCUACUUCCUGCUUUGGAUAUUUAAUUGCCUAUUAGCACUGACUGACUCAGCUAUUAAGUUCUUAACUUUGCAUAUAGAAUAUGCGUCACUCAUUGUUAGGUUUACAGUGCUGUGCUCUGCAAUUGCCUUUACAUAACUGGCACAUUCUGGAGAUUGUUACCUUAGCCUUGUUUCCUAUAGCUAUUUUUUUUUCUGCUGAGGAAAUAAGAACAGCUAUUCUGAAGGAAAAUGAUUUAAGCAAAUUCUGCAGAUCCAGUAAAAUAAGUGGAAUGACUGUUUUUGAAAAUGGUAGAUGCAUUGAGUGAUGAUGUAGGCCUUAAAAGAGCCUUGCUAUCUCUUGUCCGGUAUUGUAAUUACAUUAAACUGGACAUAAAUUAUCAGAAAACCAAGGUUAUGGCCUUUGCAAAAAUGCCCAAACUCUGCUCAUGGUAUCUUAAUGCUCAUAAUGUAGAGCAAGUAACCCCCUUUAAGUACCUAGGGGUGGUCAUCCAUGCCACUGGCUCAAGAAAAGCACACGGUGAAUAUACGGCUGCCUCUAGUCAAAGAUCGGUGAACAACAUUCUCAAUUUUUUCCACCCAAAGGGAGAAUACUAUGUUCCUGCCACAAUUACGUCUUUUUCUGGCCAAGUCGUUAGCACAGCUUCUAUACGGGACUUUGCUCGGAUCCUCAGCUUCACGUUUCACACCAUUGGAAAGAGUCAGGGGUGAAAUGCUCCCGGUUCGGACCAGCUCGCACAAUCCGGUAGCGAUGGCGGCUGUUACUGGUCUGGAGAACCAGUAGCAAAAAUCCCUGGCCCUGCCCCCCUGCCUCUGCUGAGCCGCACCAUCAGCAGAGGUUUUUUUUUUUACUUUUAAAAACAGGUUUUUCUUCAGCCGAAACAUGCCUUUAAAAGUAAAAAAAAGCCUUUGAGGAUCCCGCCCUUCAGCUGAGAUCGGCAGAGCUUUUAAACUUAAAAAAAAAUUUUUUUUAAAGACUCCUCUGCCGAUUUUACCUGAGUUCCUCAUCAGCAGAACCUUAAAAACCUCCUUUUAAGAGAUUCUAAGGCACUUACCUGAUUACUUAUCCACCACAUGGAUUUUUUCCCAGCCCGAAAGCCCCAGUUUCACUUUCAGCACCAGACAGAACUAAUCUAAACUUAGCUAAUCUAUUUCAUCACUGAGCGACUAAUGCCGGCUGGUUUUGCUGGCUGAGGAACUCUGGGAAUUGAAGUCCACAAACCUUAAUAAUAAAAUAAAAUAUUUGUGCAGCUUUCUGAGAUUUGGUGUAUUUCUAUAGUGUUUCACUCUAACUACACAAACACACAAAAUCUCAGAAAGCUGUAUGUGGUAUUUUGUGUGUGUGUGUGUGUGUGUGUAUCAGUUGUGUUGUGUGUGUGUAAAGUGUGAAAGUUGGUUUUUGAGCUUUUUGUGGCUGUGUGAAGUGUGAAGUGCAGCUGCUUUUACAUUGUGUGUGAGUCAGUUGUGUUGUGUUAUGUGUGUGUAAAGUGUGAAAGUUGGUUUUUGUUACCUCAUUGUUUUUUAUACUUUGUUUAUUGUUUUUAUUAUUUAUUGUUAUUGGCCACACCCACCCAGUCAUCUGACCACCAAGCCACACCCACCAAUUAAGCCACACCCACAGAACCGGUAGAGAAAAUUUUUAGAUUUCACCCCUGGAAAAAGUUCAAUCCAAAUUUAUUAGAGCAACUCUCCAGAUGCUGUGUUGUGUCUCAAAUGCACUUCUGUGCAUGGAGACAGGAUUGAUAAAAAUUGAAGCAAGAAUUUGUAUAGCUUCUUUAAAUCUUUGGCUAAAGCUUAAUUUCUUCCUGCAAGGCCUUGCUCCAUUAAUCCUCCAAGACAAAUUCUCCUCUUCAUGGAUCAAGGCUGUCAAGUCCAACCUUGCCAAACUAGGCUUCUCUCCAGCCUCAAUAUUCAAUUUGGACUACGACCAAACAAAAUAAACCUUGCGACAAAGGGUAGAGGACAUUGAGAGGCAAGUGGACUUAGGGAAAGCUCCAUUGUUUCUGGCUCCAGACUCUAUAUGUUGUUACUGCUGCCAAUUAUCUUAGCCAGUUGGAGACAGCAAACCACUAGAAAGCAAUUUCACUUGCACGGAGUUAUGCACUUCCAUCGGCCACCCUGUACAGCAAGUAUAAAAAGAUACCACUGAUUGAAAGACUCUGUUAUUGUGGCUCGGGAGAGUGGAGACCAUUGGACAUUUAUUCCUUCAAUGCUCUUCCUAUAGAGAUAUUAGGAAAAAACCUAUCCCCCAAUAAUCAAUAGGUAUCCUGGCCGUUCCAACACUGCUUAUCUCCAAUGGCUGCUUAAGGAUGAACAGACUGUGAUUAGAGCACAGGUGGCUAGAUUCUGCGCAGCAGCACUGAGAAUUCAUCGGAAACACUUGAUUAAUCCACCAUAGCUAUUCUACACAAGUAAGGUAGCAAAUCCUUUUGCAUUACUACUGUUCUGCAUUUUAGCAUUUAAUGACUAUGGGCCUCACAGUUUAAGGAUUAAUAUUAUAGUAUAGUUAGGGCAUGUACAACUGACUGACUGGAUGCCAAAUUGUGAUUUUAAUAUAGAUUUUAUCUGUUAUUUAUUAUUCUAUUCUAGAAUUUUAACUGGAUAUUCCUUGAGUGUUUUUAUUUGUUCUGGUCUCUGGUCUUUGACUGUAUUAAACUUGAUUUGAUUUUGAGUGAUGAUACAAUACUGCUUCAGCUAUAUAGUAGCCAGCUGAAAAGAGUACCCGAAAGAAGAUAUAAUAUUUGAGCUAUUACACUGUAACCAAUUGCAUCCGCUCAUUCUGUCUGUCCAAACAGUUCAUGAUAGA